AGAUGUUUGUCAAGGGGGGAGUCUCCUCCUCCGUCCUCCUGUCUCCAGGGAGGGACACGGCAGCGCUGCAGGUCAACCCGGCUGAUGUCCCCGCCCUGGAGAUCAAACUGGGAGCACUGGUGGUCCUGCUGUCCAUCACGGUCCUCUUUGGAUUCGCCCCUCUCUGCAUCGUGCGGGGAGCGGGACGCUGCAGCGUGGAUUCAGAUGUGCGUCGCAGGCUGCUCAGUCUGAUCAGCUGCUUUGCUGGAGGAGUUUUCUUGGCCACCUGUCUGCUGGACCUGCUGCCAGACUACCUGCAGGGCAUCAACGAGGCCUUCGUCAACGCAGGAGUCACGCUCCGCUUCCCGCUGCCAGAGUUCAUAAUGGCCAUGGGCUUCUUCCUGGUCCUGGUCCUGGAGCAGAUCGUCCUGGCCUUCAAGGACCAAUCGUCCUUUCACAUGGAGGAGCGCCGGGCUCUGCUGGUGGACUCCGGCGUCCAGGCAAACGACAGGAACGGUCAUCACCACUCCCACCGCCGUCGUGGCUCAGGCGAGUCCGAUGGCAGCCACUUCCACGUGGACUUUGGCUCCCAGUCCGCCCUGCGCGCCUUCAUCCUGGUCUUCUCGCUGUCUCUGCACUCGGUGUUUGAGGGUUUGGCGGUGGGGCUGCUGGAGGAGGGGAAGGAGGUGCUGGAGAUCUGUCUGGCACUGAUGAUCCACAAGAGCAUCAUCUCCUUCAGCCUGGCCUUUAAGCUGAGUCAGGGCCGGCUGCGGCGCUCCGUGGUCGUCGGCUGCCUGCUGCUGUUCGCCAUCAUGUCCCCGCUCGGCAUCGGCGUGGGCAUCGCCCUAACCGAGACCAAGGCGUCGCCGCAGCACCAGCUGGCCCGCAGCACGCUGCAGGGGCUGGCGGCGGGAACCUUCAUCUACAUCACCUUCAUGGAGAUCCUGCCGCGCGAGCUCAGCUCCGGCAGGAACCGCAUGCCCAAAGUGGCCAUGCUGCUGGUGGGCUUCGCCUUGGUCACCGCCGUGCUCUUCAUCAAAGUGUAACCAUGGAAACAGACAUCCCGUUACAAAGUCAUAGCCAGCAGUUUACACGUUGGACGGCGUAGCAUCGCCACGCGUCAGUGAUCAUUCUGAAAAUAGGUCAGGAUCCUUAAAGGUCUUUAAUAUUUUUGAAAAUCAUCGAAACGCAUCAUAGAAAAACAAACUUUACCUUUAACCUCGAGGCCUUCACACACUUUUUUUUGUGCGAUUAUUUUGCACGUUGCUUCUGUCAUCAUCCAUUUUUCACAAAACGCAAAAAUUAAUACCAAAAAGGGACCUCAUUUUAUUUUAUUUUUUUCUCAAAACAAAGUAGAUUCUUCUGAGUUUUAUUUUGACUCAGGCUUCGAGUCGGGCGGACUUGCGUAGCUCGCUAACUACAAGUGCUACCCAGUGAAAGAUUUUUAUUAUCUCUAUUUUUAACAAGCAAUUGCAAAUCCAAGGCUAACUUUAUUUAGUUUUUACAAUAACUAUGUUUAAAAUGUAUUUUACAUCUCCGUUUGUUCAGUAUAAAACUGGGUCUGAUACUCACACGUGUGCACGUCGAAAACGCGGCUCUCCGACUCUGCAGGAGGUUGAUAUUGUUGGAAUCGAUCUGCGCCAUCUUUGGCGGUAUACCGUUAUUAUGAAAAUCUGUGCACCCAAAUCUGGCUCCUCGAACGCCGUCACCGACUCAUGACCUCUCCUUCUUUUAUUUUUUCUUUGUCUUUUCAUUUCUCAUGCUUGUUUUUUGUGAAAAUGCAUGUUAGUAAAGACCUUAACAUGAGAUAUAGAUUUAUAAAACAGAGAAAAGUAGCAAAUCUGCACAUCUGAGGAGCUAGAAGCUAAAAAUAUUUAGUUUUAAACAUUUGAAUGAAUUACUUAAAUGGUUUUAAAUAAUCAUACAUAAUUUUUUUAUGCUUUUUAUAUUUGUUUUUUUUUUCUUUGGGUGCUCUGACCUCAGCCUGAACCCUAAAACAUGAGAUCAGAUUCGUGCUCUUCAUGCACAUGAGCACCACUUUGUCUCCAGCAUCUCAAAGACGUCAUAUUUUAUCUCCCCAUUGGUUAAUAAUCCCAAAAACAACUGAAACAAAACUGUUGAGCUGCAACUGUGAAAAUGCGUCCUGACAGACCGAAUCGGUAAUUUCUCUUCUUCAUCUGUGACGACGCAGAAACAGAAUCUCCUCUUUGUUUACUGUUAAACGGGAAAUUUUCCUCCUUUCACUUCAGUUGAAAGGAAGUCUUUUAUUUUGCCGAGGCUCUGCAGAGAAACGAGGCGCUGCACAAACACAAACACAAUGAGCUGCUUGUUGUUGUUCAGUCAGAGGGAAUUUACUACCCUGCUGGCUGGAAACAGCGUAUUAAGGAUCCACCUUGAUUUAUUUUUGACUUUAUUACAUUUGUUUGAACAGGAUUUCGAGAGCAGAAAAAGUGCAAAAAAAUGUUCUGCAGAAAUCCUGAAGAUGACGUGUUGAUGCGUUUUAGACGAUGGCACUUAGAAAUGUAUUUUUGUAAUUGAAACACCAAAGUCUUUGAUCCAAAGUCACUUUGAGGACUGCAGAAUUUUAAUCAUUGUGUUGAAUGUGUGAAUUAUAUUUUGUACUGUGAUGAUGAUAUGUGAAAUACAGAAUUAAAAUAUUUUUUUCUGAUCA